AUGCUCCCUGCCGGUGACAUUUGGGAGCUGCUGACAGAGGCAGAAGAACUCUCUAGCUCUGCCUCUGCUGCCAUUGCGAGGCAGGCUGACACCCUCAGCUUCCUUUUCUGGCAACACACAGUGUGGACGGCACUUCAUAACCAGUGUCAGGCAUCAGGGGGGACGAUCGUUGACCCAGAAGUCGGCCAGCACCCCUUCUCUCCUGCGGCCAAUCAGCACCUCAAUCUUUCUCCUUCUCCAUCACCUUGUGCCCCUCCUGGCCUCAUUCGCAGAUCGCCCAGUCUCGAAUUCAUUGAAUCAAGUGGCAGCAACAGAGGUGGCGCUGGAACCCGUGUUAGCACCAGUCAGGCCACCGAGGAAAGCCCUAGCUCAAGCCCUGCUAAGUUCCCUCCUCAGUCCAGGUGCCAAUCACCCUCAGCUGUCAAAUUUGUCGAUACUGGUGCCAAUAACUCCAAUGCAAGACAACAAGACUCAGAGUUGGAGGACGAUGACCUGCUGGUCGAUAGCACCUUCCAGGCUGUGGAGUUGGCAUAUUAUCCAGUGGAGUCCAGUGGACUCCAGUAA